AUGGGGCAGGCCUUCCGAAAGCUCUUCGAUGCCUUCUUCGGCAACAAGGAGAUGCGGGUGGUGAUGCUUGGGUUGGAUGCAGCUGGGAAAACCACCAUACUCUAUAAGCUUCACAUUGGUGAAGUUCUCUCCACUGUCCCUACCAUAGGUUUCAAUGUUGAGAAGGUUCAGUACAAGAAUGUAGUAUUCACUGUGUGGGAUGUUGGUGGCCAGGAGAAGCUCAGGCCCUUGUGGAGGCACUACUUCAACAACACCGAUGCUCUGAUUUACGUGGUUGAUUCACUGGAUAGAGAGAGAAUUGGGAGAGCCAGGGCAGAAUUUCAGGCUAUAAUCAAUGACCCUUUUAUGCUUAACAGUGUGCUAUUGGUGUUUGCUAACAAGCAAGACAUGAGGGGAGCAAUGACUCCGAUGGAAGUGUGUGAGGGUCUUGGGCUGUAUGACCUGACGAACCGCAUCUGGCACAUCCAGGGCACCUGCGCUUUGAAAGGCGAUGGCCUGUAUGAAGGGUUGGACUGGCUAGCGACCACUCUGGACGAAAUGCGUGCUUCUGGACGGAUAACCUCAGCAUCAUCAUCGGCAUCCUGA